GGACCCGGGGCGGCGAGUCCCGGGCUAGCGUUCUCCCGAAUCGGCUACCCUGUGGGAUCCUGCACCGCCGGCAGGCUUCAAUGGCGGCCCAGCCAGUGUCCCGGGUGGUGCGGCGGGUCCUGAGAGCCGGCGUCCGGAGCUGCAGCUCGGGGGCUCCGGUGACGCAGCCAUGCCCUGGGGAGCCUGUCGUGGAGGUGCCGUCCAGGCCGAGGCCGUUCCUGAGGGAGCGCGCCGCCCCCUUCUCUGCCUUCCUCACCGACAGCUUUGGCCGGCGCCACAGCUACCUGCGGAUCUCCCUCACCGAGAGGUGCAACCUCAGAUGUCAAUACUGCAUGCCCGAGGAGGGGGUCCCUUUGACCCCCAAGGCUGACCUGCUGACCACAGAGGAGAUUCUGACCCUGGCCCGGCUCUUUGUGAAAGAAGGUGUGGACAAGAUCCGGCUCACGGGCGGGGAGCCGCUCAUCCGGCCGGACGUGGUGGACAUCGUGGCCCAGCUCCGUCGCCUGGAAGGCCUGAGGACCAUUGGCAUCACCACCAAUGGCAUCAACCUAGCCCGGCUGCUGCCUCAGCUUCAGAAAGCUGGUCUCAGCGCCAUCAACAUCAGCCUGGACACGCUGGUACCGGCCAAGUUUGAGUUCAUCGUCCGCAGGAAAGGCUUCCACAAGGUCAUGGAGGGCAUCCACAAGGCCAUCGAGCUGGGCUACAGCCCCGUGAAGGUGAACUGCGUGGUGAUGCGAGGCCUGAACGAGGACGAACUCCUGGACUUCGUGGCCUUGACUGAGGGCCUCCCCCUGGACGUGCGCUUCAUCGAGUACAUGCCCUUUGACGGCAACAAGUGGAACUUUAAGAAGAUGGUCAGCUAUAAGGAGAUGCUGGACACCCUCCAGCAGCAGUGGCCGGAGCUGGAGAAGCUGCCCGAGGAGGAAUCCAGCACAGCCAAGGCCUUUAAAAUCCCCGGUUUCCGAGGCCAGGUCAGCUUCAUCACGUCUAUGUCUGAGCAUUUCUGUGGGACCUGCAACCGGCUGCGAAUCACGGCGGACGGGAACCUCAAGGUCUGCCUCUUCGGGAACUCAGAGGUGUCUCUACGGGACCACCUGCGGGCUGGGGCCUCCGAGGAGGAGCUGCUGAGGGUCAUCGGGGCUGCGGUGGGCAGAAAGAAGCGGCAGCACGCAGGCAUGUUCACUAUCUCCCAGAUGAAGAACCGGCCCAUGAUCCUCAUCGAGUUAUUUUUGAUGCACCAAGAUUCCCCACCAGCCCUUCCAAGCACUUUCAGGAACUCUCUCGGUGUUCAGGUUCUGAGACGCAGAGUGAAUUUCUCCAGCCAGAUGGUGACUUUAUGGAAAGGAGGCGGGGUCCCUCAGGCCCCUCUUGUUGCCCAGCAGUGGCUGGGGGCCAGCCUCCCUCAGAGACACUUCAGUUCCCACCUGGACUCAGAUGCCAACCCAAAGUGCCUUAGCCCAGCAGAGCCCCGGGCUCCUGCUGCUGCCUCAGGACCUCUGCCAGCCUCUGACCAACUGACCCACGUGGACACAGAAGGACGGAUGGCUAUGGUGGACGUAGGCAGGAAGCCAGACACAGAGCGGGUGGCCGUGGCCUCGGCCGUGGUCCUCCUGGGGCCCAUGGCCUUCAAGCUCAUCCAGGAGAACCAGCUCAAGAAAGGAGAUGCCCUGGCGGUGGCCCAGCUGGCAGGCAUCCAGGCGGCCAAGCUGACCAGCCAGCUGAUCCCUCUCUGCCACCCCGUGGCCCUGAGCCAUGUCCAGGUGCGGCUGGAGCUGGACCGCACGCGCCACGCCGCGGUGAUCCAGGCAUCUUGCCGGGCCCGUGGCCCCACCGGGGUGGAGAUGGAGGCACUGACCUCCGCUGCUGUGGCCGCCCUCACCUUGUAUGACAUGUGCAAGGCCGUCAGCAGGGACAUCGUGUUGGCAGAGAUCAAGCUCGUUAGCAAGACCGGGGGUCAGCGAGGGGACUUCCACCGAACGUAGAGCUCCUGCCCCUGCUCUCACCCCCAGGCUGGCAAGGUCAAGCAAUGGGAUGCGAUUUCAACCCAAGGGAAAGAGGUCAAGUUCCUUUUACCAGUUACCUUCAGCCGGUAGGAACCUGAAGCCAGCCCACCCCUUCACUGCUAGAUGACCUUCACUGACCUUCAGGGUUUCCUGUCUUCCAAGAGGAAACCAGCAGGCCCUUCAGCCUUCCUGGACCCUAAGGUUGUGCCUGGGAGGGUUAUCUAACCUUGCUAGAUAAUCACAGUGUGACUUGUGAACUCUUGGAGACAGUCGAGCCCAUGACCUCCACUUCUUGAGUGGGUUUUCUCUUCUCCUCCUUUUCCCAGGAGGAACAAGGGCUCAUAAGCAGAGAAACCCACUCUGAGGAAGGGAGCGUGGCUCGUCCUAGGAAUGGAUCACUUCUCUUUAACUACAGCCCUGGCCUCUCUGCCGUGCUCCCUCGAAAAAGCAGGUUAUCCCCCUCCCAUUGCCUGAGUCUGUCCCAUCAGACAGGCUUCCAGCUUAUCAGUUGUACCGUCCUGCAGCUUCUUGCCUUGGCCCCUCCUCCUCCUGAGCAGUAUCCCCCAUGGGCCACAGCCCCGAGGCCUCCUGACCGAGCACACCUCCUGUACGCCCUCAUCCUGGGACACACCAGGCGGGGAGGAGCGGUGGAGCUUGACUUCACCCUCACUGUGCACAAAAUAAAGCCACGAUUCCAGCUUUGGA